UCAGGGGUUUCUCCAUAGGGACAGCUGACUCUGAGAUCAUUGGUGUGCGUGAGUGAAAACCUAAAGCGUUUCACAAUUCAGCGUUUCGUUUGCUUGUACACCACAUCGGAAGAAGGCAAUUUCGGAUUCCGUGUUCGGUUUAAAGUACUAGUCCCGGGUUCAAUCGCAUUAGCACCAUGGCUGCUGUGAAGGCGCUUCAACAGUGGUGCAAAAUCCAGUGUGAAGGAUACCGGGACGUGUCGAUCACCAACAUGACCACAUCUUUCCGGGACGGUCUGGCUUUCUGCGCUCUAAUUCACAAACACAGACCGGGCUUGAUAGACUUUGAUUCUCUGAGCAAGGAAAAUAUCUACGAAAACAAUAAACUGGCUUUCGAGGUGGCUGAGAAGGAGUUGGGUAUACCUGCCUUGCUGGAUGCUGAAGACAUGGUGGCUCUAAGAGUGCCUGAUCGCCUCAGCAUCCUGACCUAUGUGUCCCAGUACUACAAUUAUUUCCAUGGACGCUCUCCUAUUGGAGGUAUGGGAGGGAUUAAAAGGCCAGCUGAAGAGCCUAAUGAAGCGCCUUCUGAGAAGAAGAACCCACCUGUCACGGCUAAAGUUUUUGCCUCACCUAAACCAGCCACAGAGAACCAGAUGCCUAAACCGGCAAAUGAAAACAAGAGAGAAGUUUUGGCUGAACGUGCCAAUAAAUCAUCUCUGAGCAGCAGUUGUAGCGUGUGCAACCAACAUGUUCACCUUGUGCAGCGGCAUCUAGUAGAUGGGAAACUGUACCACAGGAACUGCUUUAAAUGCAAAGAGUGUUCCACUAUUCUUCUCUCUGGCACCUACAAGCCCGGAAAAGCAGCGGGCACUUUCAUCUGCAAGACACACACAAACACAGAGAAACCUCUGACCGCCCCGACUACACAAAUCACAGCGACUCCACCGAAGACACCAUCCACUUUUAUAAGCAAGACUGACCAGAAUGCAUCAGGUGGAGAUACUGGAAAAGCUAGUUUAUCACCCAACACAUCUAAACCGGGUUGGCUGUCCAAUAAAAAUGACCGUACACCGACUCGUGAGGUAACAACCACACCUACUCCAGUGGUUCAGCUCACACCAGCACCAAAAACCACUCUGACACCAGCAUCAAAAACAACUCCGACCCCAGCAACAAGAACUACUUUGACACCAGCACCAAAAACUACUUCGACACCAGCAACAAGAACAACUCUGACACCAGCACCAAAAACAACUCCAACACCAGAGACUACAACUGUGAAAACCACCUUUAGCCCCCGAACGCCCACAGAGCCUCUUAAACCUGUAAGCAACAGUGCACAGAAGAACCAAGAAGCCAGAAAGAGAUUCUUUGAGUCCAGCAGUAACACCAGCAGUAACACCAGCAGCAGUACCAGCAGUAUUGCACCUGCCAGUAAAAGCACCUCAUCAUACACCUCAACUAUAUCUGUGAGUACAGUGAGUGUUAAAACUCCUACACCAGAAAGCACAACACCUAAAGUCACUGCUGGAGCCGCAGCUGGUAAAGGUCGAGUCCUGCUGCGGGUGGGAGACUUGGCGAAAUCACAGGACACAGAAAAAGAGAAGGAGAAUGAAAAGGAGAAAGCCAAAGCUGUGAUAGGGAAGAUGCUGACGGUGGAAAAAAAUAACAACAGCUUGUCUCCAAGUUCAGCUGGGCUGAAAGCAAACAGCAGUAAUGUUUCCCCUGUGGAAUCGGGUGCUAAAGGCCCCUCAGGCAGGGUGCGUCUCAAAGCACUGGAUAUCAGUGUGGAACCUACUGCGCCGGCUGCUGCAACGCCAUCCUGGAUCAAAGAUAAAUCCUUAUCCAGGCCUGUGAGCACGCUGUCGUCCAACAGCAAGGAAAACGACACAGCUCCGUCUGACUGGAGGUCCAUGCUCAAGCCUGUAAAAACUGUCGGUUCCACAGAAAGCACUGGCUCACCUUCCAAGAGGCCAGAAGCAGCUUCCUCUCCACAGACAACUGCUCCUGAAUCAACUACUACAAACAUCUCCAUUAGCAUCAACUCGCCCAAAGGUCCCUCACCUAGCCCGAUUAAAAACGGCCCUAAACCUAGUGACUCCAGCAGUGGCAGCAGUGCAUCUCCUGUUAGUCCCUCAGAGACUGAAACACACAAAUUGCAAAAGCCGGGUUACAUUCCCAAGGAAGAGAUUCAAAAAGAACUGAAGGAAAUCGAGAUGAAUAUGAACGAGUUGGAGAAAAGAGGAGUAGAGCUGGAAAAACAACUCCGAGAAUGUGAUGAGGAAGGAGAAGAGGACACAUUAAUGAACGACUUAAUGGUGGACUGGUUUACCCUCAUCCGAAACAAACAGGUCUACAUGAGACGCGAAUCCGAGCUUGUGUACAUUGCCAAGACACAGGAUCUAGAGGAAGAGCAGCCCAGUGUUGAGGCCGAACUCAGGAAACUGAUGGAGAAACCAGAUCAUCUGAAGACCUCUUGGGAUCGAAAGCGAGAGGAAGAGCUGAUGAACAAACUUGUGGGGAUUGUGAACGACAGGAAUGCCAUAGUGGAGGGGCUGGAUGAAGACAGACUGAGGGAGGAAGAGGAGGAUGAGCAGCUGAAUAAGAUGAUGCAGAAUCUUGAUAUGAAGAAAGAAAAAGGCAAGAAAAAACCCAUAUCCCGGUGGUUUAGUCUGAGAAGUAAAAGUAAAGCGUCCACAGAGGACUGAUUCUCAUGGAGGGCGUGUGUGUGUGUGUGGUUUGUCCCAGACCGAAUAUUUCCCUUGCAGUUUGAGGUCAGAUCACUAAAUCUAAACUGCAGUUUCACAUCCUUCAACAAAUGCUAUUUUUUGUGAAAUCACAUCAUUAUGUAUUUUCACACUUUUUUUUUCUCCCACAUACUUUUGCACAUUUUAUCUGUCUUCUCAUCUCCUGUCAUUGUGGGUGUGAUUUGUGCAUUUGUUAGCAAACGUUUUGCACUUGAAUCCUUUGUAUAAUGUUGUUUGUAUCUCUCAGUCAGUGUUUCAUUAGGGAAUUGGACAGUGUUGAGAGAAAGGAAGUCUUUGUCGUAUCGAUUCAUAUUGGAUCAAAGUUAAAAAUGUACGGGUUAAGGUCCGACCUAAACUGUAUUCGCUUUCUGACACUUGACUUGUAUGUAUUUUUAAUUGACAAUAUCACUAAUUCUUGCUGGCAACUCCUGUUUUUAUCAUUUUAAUGGUGUACUAUCCUGGCACAAUUCUACUAUCUCAACAGCAGGGGGCAGACAGUGACUGAUUUCAGCCAUAGGACACUGUAUGCCAUCUAAUUUCUCAACAACCUGUGAGAGAACUGAUUUUUAAUAGGGUCUUUUUAAGAAAUUAUAUAGGAUUCUUCAUUUAGGAGCCUGUGUUGUUUCAUUGAUCAAUAGGAUUAUACUUUUAACCACUGUCCAGGUACUUUUUAUUGGUUUGAUUUUAUUUUUCUGGUUUUUCCAUAAAUAUGAAUUGUCUUCAUAUGAUCUGCACUUUUUGUUUCAAACGUUCUUGUUCUCUUUUCACUGUAUUUGAUCAAAGGUACGAUCUUAAACACAUGUAACAAACAGUUUAACUAUUUGUACCAAAGCGGUUGCCUGUUUUUAAUUUAAAACGUCUCUAUUUUUUUAACCCAUUGCCCAACAUUUAAUUUCAACAUUUUAUACUGUGUACAAUAAAUUUUAAGUAACAUGAA